AUGCCUGUCCAGGGAAGAAAAUUGCUUUCCUGCGGCCUACUGGCCUCGUGCCUCUCCCAAAUCUCCGUUGCGGGGAGAACCGAUGGCUAUACAUACGGCCAGCUCAUGCCGGUUACUUGCUUGAAUCGGACAAUUGACUCCGGCGAACAUAUAACCGACGAUCUCGGAAAACUCCAAUUCAUCCCCUUUCCAACAUGCAAGGAGACCUCCGCCCCGCUAGCCCUCCGCUACGGCGUCUCCGAAACCGUAAGCUGCACCAUCGACUCCCUCCCCGAUGAACUCUACCACCUCCUCGAAUACUACGUCCACUCGGACGUCCCCAUGACCUGCCGCGUGCCAACGGCCCCUCUCACCCCAUCCACCGAGUCCCCCUCGACCUCGAAAUCAAAAGACCAGGAAGAAGAGGCUACAGAAAACGGCGACAGCGCCGCUAAUACCCUCUCUGUUCUCGGAGAUGACGGACCACCCUACACGCCGAUUACAUUUGCGCUUCAGGGGACACUGCAGAAGAGCCACCUGCACAUCUGGACAGAUAUGAAUGUCCUCGCGCACAAUAUCCCGCAGCUCACCGCGGCGGGGAGAGCGCGCAAGAAUAAGCAGGGGUAUGUCGUUGCGGGGACGGCGUAUUCGGUUCCGGAGUUCGAGGUCGCCCUGUUAAAAGGGAGGGGCAAAGAGGGGAAAUCGGACGAAGAGAAGGAGGCUUCCGCUGUCUCUGAGGGGGCAAGGGAGCCCUGGACGGCUGGGCAUGGGACGAAGGUUAUCCGUGGAGAGCCGUUGACGUUCACGUUCCAUGUUAGUUGGAUUGCGGGUGGGAGAGGAAUUGGGUGGCCAUCGAGGGGUGAGGAGUCAUCUUCUGUGCUUGGUGGGUUGUUCUCGAAGUUGAUGUUCUUUGGGUUCGCGGCGGCCGUUGGCGCCGUGCUUGCCGUUUAUUGGGAGAGGAAUAGUGCUGGGAGGCGUCGGGGAUGGAAGGGAGAUGGGAUUCUAGGCGUGCCGGCGCUUGGGAAGGGUGCUGUAGGUGUUUCGUUUGGCAAUGGAGCCAAGUCAAAUGGGUAUGGGGGGUAUUCUGCCGGGAGUGCUGGAAAUGGAUAUGGGGGCUUUGCGAGUGGGAAGAGGGAUUGA